CGAUGUUCCUUCUGGAUCAUGGGAAUCAAUUGCCAAAAGAGUAGCGUUUUCUCAUCGUCAUCUUCUUUGUCGCGGUUUGUCUCGAGCUGUAAGGAGGUGAGGUUUUCGAAGAAGCCUGGGGAAUGGAGAGUCCUUUUAUCACCGAGAUACUGAACCGAUUGCCGGUGAAGUCGCUGCUCCAGUGCAGGUGCGUUUGCACACGGUGGCGUUGCUUGAUAGACAGCCGUCCCUUCAUGGAGUCGCACCUGAAUCGGUCGAUCGAGUCAAGCACGAACCUCUGCUUCUGCUGCAGGGGUUCCUCAAGCCUCUACUGUAUCGAUCUGGUUUCCCCGGGUGACGUGGUGGAGAUAGAGUACCCUCUCAGGUGGAAGCGGAUCAAGGCGCUAGGGUCUUGCCGUGGGUUACUUUGCAUUUCUAAACCGGAUGUCCGCGACGUUGCUAUUUGGAAUCCCUUCAUUAGGAGGCAUAAGUUCUUGCCUCCUACAGAUACUCAGAUAGGCGGUGGAUUGUAUCCCUCUGCUUGCGUUCAUGGAUUUGGUUAUGAUGAUGAGAAUGAUGAUUAUGUGUUGUUGAGGCUGAUUCAGACCUUUGAAGAACCAAUUGAAUCUGCGGUUAGUAUCUAUAGUUUGAGAGCUAACGAGUGGAGGCAGCUCCAGGAGAUGCCAUACUAUCUGGUCUCGACACGCAAAAUGAUGGGGGUUUUUGUGCACGGCCGUCUGCACUGGUUGAUGAAACGCGAGCUGGUGCCAAACUCGGCAAAAGUGUUGGUGGCUUUUGAUUUUCGUAUUGAGGAAUUUGUGGAGGUGCACCAGCUUAAUUUUAUAGAUAAUAGGCUUGACAUCGAUUUGGCCGUCCUCGGACGGUGUCUUUGCCUUAUUGUUUAUGGUGAGCGAAGGGGUGUCGAUGUGUGGAUUAUGAGAGACUAUGGAUUGAACAGACCAUGGGAUAUGUUGUUCUCAAUGCCUAACCACUCAAGGCCUUUGGGACUUGUCCGGCCAUUGGCUUACUCCCAGAAUGGUCGUGAAGUUCUGGUGAGAGUCGGCACUGAGACUCUCCGUUGGCAUGAUUUACCAACAGGGCAUGACCGGAGAUUCGAUAUAAUUGCCAUGCCAGUCUUGGAAGCAGAAAUUUGUUUGCGAACCUUUGUUCCGGUCAAUUGAUUAUGGAUGAACUGCCGAGAUGAGGAGGUACCGUGUACUACUUAGCUCAGGAAAUGCAACAGGAGAAGGGAAGCUUUUUCUCCCAGUUUUUAGAUUCAUUGCUCAACUUUCGAUGACAUGGACCGAUGUACGACGUGGACCGAUGUAUCGACGUAUCGACGGGAAAGGUUGGUAACAAAAUGGAUGGAUCAAAAAUAGCUAUCCGACCUGCAAAGCUUACCUUUCAGCCUGUAAGUAGAGAGUACUUUUUUCUUUCCAUGAAGAACAAACUGCUAUCAACAGAUGUAACACAAAGAAGAACUAAUUAGCACAAGUAAGGAAAGCUACUAUCAGACAAGCCCGCUGACAAGAACCACAUAACUUGCAAUUCAAGCUAGGGAUUGCAAUAUUCCUUAAAUAUCGCAUAAUAAGUCGACCCAGUUGAUCUGCUCCUUCAAGUCAUUAGACCCAUACUUCAAUUUGCCCAUGACCAACAACACCUUAGUGAGAUUUUCAUCGAAGGAUGACAUGCCAUCCUUCAAUUGAGUCCUCUUGGCACGAGAUUUUUUUCUCGAGCCUUUUCUCCAACAACAGUAAUACCAAUAACUUCUGAUUCUGAUAUUCUCUCAACCACUUGAUAUGCACUACCAACUCUCUCAAUCACGCUCCUACAACUUGAUCUAAAUAUAUUUGUCAUAGGCAGGCACGUGAGAUCAUGAACUGUGGCACUUAGGUUCUGAAUGACUCAUGCACCCCUUACUAUAGUCGUCUAAGCUCAGCCUUACCCUGAACUAUUGCUCACUCACUCACUUGGCCCAUCUAGAAUUGUACAAAGAAACUUUAGAGGGACAAGUGUGGAAAAAUUCAAAGAAACCUCAGAAAAGGAAGAAAGGGGAAAACGAGGAAGAAAUAAAUGUAGAAGUAGAAACUAACUUUCGAAACGAAGGGGAUUAAACAGGAACAAGAGGCAUCCACCGAAGAUGUUGAAUCGAUAGUUGCUCUUGUAUCUCAAAUUCCAAUCAGCUAGCUUGACUUUGACAUCAUUACCACCACCUCUAGGAAUAAUCGAUGUUCUGGAACUCUGGAACUCAACACGGAUGUGAUGCUGGAGGAGGAAAAAAUGUGAAAAUUUGGAUUCUGCAACAUUCUCCCCAAGAAUACUUGAAUGUCUUCAGUUGAAAAUUACAAUUGACUGCGUUAGUGGCAAAGUUUGGGGUUACAAACAUGCUCCAGAUGGAUGGAUUAUAGGUCCUUGAAAGAUUUUUUGUUAACACUGAUUGUCACAAGUUGAUGUAGAGUGGAUGAGCAGAGCCUUCUUCUGUAAAUGACAUUUUUGUGGAACCCAAGAGCAAUCACGAUCGGUGGAGAAAGGUUCCAUUCAUGCUAAUAGCAUAUGCUUUGCAGGCUUUUAUUAAUCAAAGUGCCAAAAUAAAAAUAAGCUACUCCCAUAUUUGUCUUCCAAGAGCAAAAGGUGACUUGUAAGCUUUGUGGAGAGAAGCAUGGGUAACCAUCUGAAGAAGCUUUGUAUCGAUUCUAAUCUCUUCAAUAAGACAUUAUUGGGUCUCUGGUCAGAGUUAUAGAUCGAAUGGAAUAACUGGGAGAGGGAAGAUUCCUACAUCUGGUUUGAAAGUGACUACUGAGUGUUGCCAUCCUGGUAUGUUAUGCUAGGAAAUUUGCUUUUGAUCCAGUUCAGUGGCAAUGUACCACACAUAAAAGUUGCUGCAGCCAUUUUUUAUGAUAGUGCCUGGAACAGUAUUAGAACGAAGCAUCUAUUGUGGCCUGCCCAUGCCAAUCUAGCUAAAUCCAAAUCCAUUUGAAGCAUUGUUCUAUGACAAGCUCUGUUAAACAUCCCAUGCCCACUGGAUUGAAGGCACUCUCAUUGCCUGAGUGAGGAAUUUCUUGCGAUGUUGUUGAUUAAUGGGAGGGUUUUUUUCUGACGAAUCGGGAGUCAAUUCUUCUCCAAGGAAAGAGUCCCCUUAUGAGGCAUCGUUCCCUAACAAGUGUUAACGAGUCCAUACCCAAUGGUUUGAAGGCACUCUAAUUGCCCACCAAUCUCGUUAAAUCCAAAUCCAUGUGAAGCAUCAUUCUAUAAGAAACUCUAUUAAACAUUCCAUACCCAAUGGGUUGGAGGCACUCUUUGCCUGAGAAUGAGGAAUUUUGUGCAAUGUUGUUGAUCAAUGGGAGGGUUUUUUUUCUGAUGAAUCAGGAGUCAGUUCUUCUCCAAGGAAAGAGUCCCCUUAUGAAGCAUUGUUCCGUAACAAGUGUUAAACAGUCUUACACAAUGGGUUGAAGGCACUCUAGUUGCCUGCCAUUCUAGUUAAUUCCAAAUUUAUGUGAAGCAUUGUUCUAUAACAAGCUCUGUUAAACAUUCCAUAACCAAUGGGUUGAAGGCACUCUCAUUGCCUGAGAGUGAGGAAUUUCGUGCACUGUUGUUGAUCAAUGGGAGGGUUUUUCUUGACGAAUCAGAAGUCAGUUCUUCUCCAAGGAAAGAGUCCCCAUAUGAAGCAUUGUUCUAUAACGAGCGUUACACAGUCUAUACCCAAUGGGUUGAAGGCACUCUAGUUGCCUGCCAUUCUAGUUAAAUCCAAAUCCAUGCGAAGCAUUGUUCUAUAAAAAGCUCUGUUAAACAUUCCAUGCCCAAUGGGUUGAAGGCACUCUCAUUGCCUGAAUGAGGAAUUUCGUGCAAUGUUGUUGAUCAAUGGGAGGGUUUUUUUCCUUUUUCUGACGAAUCAGGAGUCGGUUCUUCUCCAAGGAAAAAGUCCCCUUAUGAAGCAUUGUUCCAUAACAAGUGUUAAACAGUUCAUACCCAAUGGGUUGAAUGCACUCUAAUUGCCCGGGAGUCAGGAAUGUCAUGCAAUGUUGCUGAUCAAUGGGAGUUUUUUCUGACAAAUCGAGAGUCAGUUCUCCAAGAAAAGAGUCCCUUUAUGACCUCAAUUUUUGCAGCAUCUUUCUUUUGCUGCUGAGUAAACCACGGAGCUUGUUUUCCAGGUGAUGCUUCUGAGCCAUUAUCGCUUAAGCAAUCAGUAUUUCACAGAAUAUUAAUGUUUCAUAUGGACAGAUUGAAGGUCGUGGGUGAAUACUUUUUUCUCCCUUAAAUGGUCCGGUCAGAAUGGGGGCUUGAGCAGCUCAUUUUAUGCAAUCUUUGGCCUUGGUUAUGUCGGCUUCUAAAAUGUUAAUUAUGGAGGCUGGUAGUUGCCGGCCUGUUGCAUCUGCUUAUUUGCUCUAUCUUAUUGAACGUAUAUGCAGGAGCACGGUGAAAUUACUGUUCCUUCUCUUGUGGACAAGUUAGAGUUCUUUAGCCUGUCGCGUCUUCUUCUCCGUUGUGAUUGAACAGGGGAGCAGCACCAGAAGACUUGUAGUUGACUUAACAUCAUGGCUCUUGUUGCAGGUCGAAUUACGUUGACGGUCUUUUUAAGUCGUCCAGAGACCUACCAUCUUAUUCUUUUUCCCCUGGAAAUCUGCUUCCUUCAUGGUACAAGUGGGGUACGAUUGUCCGAUCUGACUCCUAGAACAAGACGUCAUCUAGACGUGACUGGUGCUUCUGUCCGAGAUGUGUCACCUCGGUAUUUUUUGGUCCAGAUACUUAGGCCAAGAUGUCAUUGAUGUUCCUGUCCAAGAUGUGAUUCGGUGGUGAUAAGGUUGGAUGAUUCAUCGUCAUCGACGCGGUUUCCAAGAAAAUCUUGACUGUCACUGUGGAGUUUAUAAUGGAAUGAGAAUACAAGCCCAUAUAUAGAGCAAGAGUGAACAAUAAACCCUAGCUACAUAGAUCCUAACAUUAUACUAUAUAUUAUUUAACAAGAAGUUACAGAAAGAAGAGCUAAUUAGCAUAAAUAAGGAAACCUACUAUAAGACACGAGUCCGCUGACAAGAACCGUACAACUUGAAAUUCAAACUAUGGAUGGCAAUAUCCCUUGAAUAUAGCAUAAUAAGUUGACCUCGUUGAUCAGCUCCUUCAGGUCCUUGAACCCAUGCUUCAAUUUGCCCACGGCCAAAAACACAUUGGUGAGAUUUUCGUCCAAGGAGGACGUGACCUCCCUCAAUUAUCUUGGCCAAAGACUCCUCUUGAGCCUUUUCUUUAACAACAGCAGUUGGGGUAACAUCUGAUUCCGCCAUUCUCUCAAUCCCUUGAUAUACGCUAGCAACUCUCUUAACCAUACUCUCUACAAUUCGAUCUAAUACCUUUUGUUGAAUUGAACAGGUCAAGAUAUGGUGCAUAAAAGUGGAAGCAAGUCUUCUUGGCAUUUACAGGAAAGCAAAUAUUUGUUCUGUCAAGUACUAUCCUGCAUCUAGCGCUCAAUGUUGUGUGUAUCUGCUUUUCUCACUCUAUGAAUUGACCAAUGGAUUCCCCUUUGGGACAUGAAAUUAUGGACAGAUCAACCAGCCCAGUGCAUGUUUGAGCUAAGCUUGUUUACCUGUCUUGACAUUUACCUUAAAACAUGCUCAAUACAGUAUCUUGAUCUUUAAUGCAA